GUGAAUGAUUUGAUUAAUCUUAAAGGACGACUAUCAAAGAAGAAUCAUAACAGGCCGUGGUACGUGUCACGUGCCUUUCAGCUGACGAAACAACUGUGUACCGCCAAAAUUCAACCGAACCUGACCUGACUUAAACAAGCACUUUCCUAUAGUUGGACUUCAACCCACAAUCAAAAGGCCACGGUUUUGGCACUGAACUAAGAUCGAGGGUGGCCGAGAUAUAAGAGAAUUUCACGAAAGCAACAACGAAAAAUGUCCGAAAACGUUAGCCCCAUAAAAUAUUUUCUCAGUGGAGGAUUUGGAGGGGUAUGCACUGUAAUUGCUGGACAUCCUCUGGACACAAUAAAAGUCCGUCUCCAGACUAUGCCAAAAAGUUUACCCAAUGAAUUACCUCUUUACUCCGGGACCUGGGACUGUGCCAAGAAAACUGUAUCGAAAGAAGGUUUUCGAGGACUAUACAAGGGUAUGGGAGCACCUUUGACCGGCGUUGCUCCAAUCUUUGCAAUCAGUUUCCUUGGAUUUGGAGUUGGGAAGAAGAUUCAGCAGAAAACUUCUGAUGAAAAGUUAGGCCUCUCUCAAUUAUUCUUCGCAGGAGCUUUCAGUGGUGUUUUUACAACAGCAAUCAUGGCUCCUGGUGAACGUAUAAAAUGCCUAUUACAAAUCCAACAUGCUGAAGCUAUACCAAAGUAUAACGGUCCUGUAGAUUGCGUUAAACAAUUGUACAGAGAAGGUGGAAUGAGAAGCAUCUACAAAGGGACCUGCGCCACGUUAUUGAGAGAUGUACCGGCCAGCGGAAUGUAUUUCAUGACUUACGAAUGUCUGCAAAGAUGGUUGACCCCGGAGGGAGGAAAAUUAGGUCUUUUGUCAACUAUUUUUGCUGGUGGCAUGGCCGGUAUUGCAAAUUGGGCUGUUGGUAUGCCACCAGACGUUCUAAAGAGUAGAUUACAGACCGCACCGGAGGGUACUUACAGGAAUGGAAUACGUUCGGUAUUCUCUCAGCUGAUGAAGGAAGAAGGACCUCGAGCCCUCUACAAGGGCUGUGUUCCGGUAAUGCUAAGAGCAUUCCCUGCCAACGCAGCCUGCUUCCUUGGUUUUGAAUUAGCAAUGAAUUUCCUCAACUUAGCAGCUCCGAAUUUAUAACGACAGGUAGCCAACCAAUUAUAAAUAUUAUCGGUGUUCAUCUGACCCCUAAAAACUGCCUUUAUUUACAAAACAGAUAGAUAGUAUAACGUGAUUUUAAUAUGUACGAUGGCUGAUUAGAUGAGUAAGAAUAAGUAUGCAAUAAUGAGCGCUCGACAGAGAGCACACGAUAGAUUUUACAAUUUUUUAAUCACCGGUAUACUGUAGAAAAGGUAUGUAAGCCAUGCUCUUUAUCGAAUUGAAUAAAUUGUACAUAUUUUAUGAUCUCCUAA